AUGUCUUCACAUCUUCCUUAUCAACAUUAUAAAGACCGACCACCGGCUCCUGUUCGAUUUUCAUCAUCCUCUUCAUCGUCUUCUUCCACAAUGGCCACGCCGAGAGUGCAUCCAAGCGUCUAUGAGUCGGCAGCAAUUCAUACAAAGGUUGAGACGUCAGAGACUGGUCUCUUUGGAUUUGGAACCAACGACAAGAAAAAAUCAAAGAAGAGCAAAACUACUUUUGGAAAGAAGAACAAAGAAAAGGAGAAGAUGAUCGACAAGCCUAUCAUUUCGUUGCCAUCUGAUUUUCAGCACACGGUAAAAUUUUUUGGACAGUUUUUAAAAAUGUUCUUAUAG